AUGACUCAUCAUGGUGAAACAAUUAUAUUUCGUGAUCGAACUGAUGCUGGUCGUCAGUUAGCUGCUCAUAGUGAAUUACAAAGAAUCAAAUCAUUAUCAUCGAAUGAAAAACGUUCAUAUCUAGUUAUUAGUUUACCACGUGGAGGUACAGUUGUCGGUGAUGAAGUUGCUCAACUAUUGGGAAUAACUCAUGAUUUAGUAUUUCCACGAAAAAUUCCGUGUCCAGGAGAUGAAGAAUUUGCUAUUGGUGCUGUAUCUGAAUUUGGCAAUGUUUUUUGGAAUGAUUAUGCCAGACAACAUAAUCUUAUUGAUGAACCAAGUGUGCAACAGAGUAAAAAAAAACAAAUUGACGAAGCUCAACGACGAAAACAAGUCUAUCGUGGAAAACGUCAACAAAUGAAUGACUUAAGUGGAAAAACAGCCAUUUUGGUCGAUGAUGGUUUAGCUACAGGCGCAACAAUGAAAUCAGCUAUAAAUACAUGUAAGCAUUUGAAUGCUAAAUCAAUCAUUGUUGCUGUUCCAUGUGGUCCUGAUGAUACUGUCGAGGAGAUUCGUCCAACAGUUGAUAAAAUAAUAUGUUUGACAAUGCCCUAUGGUUUUUGUGCUGUUGGGCAAUGUUAUCAGUCAUUUUCGCAAACAAUGGACGAAGAAGUCAUUGAAAUCAUGAAAAAAUAUCAAGAUUAA